CGUUCCGGGGGCGAUGGGGCCGGGACGGGGACGAGGACAGGGACGGGGAUGGGGACAGGGAUGGGGACGAGCCGCUGCCGCCGCAGAGGGCGAGGAAGAGGCGGCCGCGGAGCAGCGGCUCGGGAGGCUGGAGCCGGCGGAGGAGAGCUCUGGCUCCAGCGACGAGAGCGACGACGGCGGGAGCGUGGCGGGCGCUGCCGGGAAAGGUCACUCUGACAUGUCUUUUGAGGAACUCCUGCGGGUGCAGAGUGAUACCAGGACAAAAGUGAGCAGGAAGGUGCCUGGUGGGAAGAAAACUGCAAAGCCUACCAAAGCUACACUGAUGCAACAAGGCAAAAAGGGGCCAUUGGAGAUGUCAGCCAAGAAGCCUGUACCUUUCCUGCGACAAGUUGUCCCUGUUAGGAAGAAGGUCCAGAGAGACCCUCGAUUUGAUGACCUUUCUGGAGAGUAUAAGCCUGAAAUAUUUAUGAAGACGUACAGCUUCCUGGACAGCAUCAAGAAGCAGGAGAAGGAGAUGGUUCAGAAGCAGCUGAAGAAAUGCCGGAACGUGGAACAGAAGGAGAAACUUCAGCGGCUCCUGAACCGUAUGACACAGCAGGAACAGGCACAGAAGAAACAGCAGAAGUUGAGAGAGAGGGAGCUGUCUUUGAAAAGACAACAGAGGGAAUUGGCCAAGCAGGGAAAGAAACCCUUCUUCCUAAAGAAAUCUGAGAAACGGAAAUUGGAACUAGCUGAGAAGUAUGCAGAGCUGAAGAGGAGUGGAAAGCUGGAGAGCUUCCUGAACAAGAAGAGGAAGAGGAAUGCCAUCAAAGACAAGCGCCAUCUGCCCUCACAGAAGAACGUGUGACUGUUGGACAGUCAUGCUGUUGUCUGGCACUGGCUCAUUCUGCCUUGGCCAGGCCUGGAGGAUGGUUAUCCCUCUUCCCAGGAUCUGCCUUCCACUGCACAGUGAUGCUCUAAGGCAGCAGAGUAGGGGCUGAACUGAGGGAACUAAAGGUUUUUUGUAGCUGAAGUAUCUGCUUUGCUUGUGGUUUAGAUCAUGCCUGGGUGGUGACAAGUGUGUCAUGCAGAUGCUGAUGGUGAUGACAGCUGUCUUUGCCCUUGCACCUGCUCAUUUCUAACUCCAGCAAGGAAAGCGUGAGUCCUGCCCUACACUGCUGGCUCUACUCCAGGUUCUUUCAGACUUCCACUGAGGCAGAAAAGGAUGUGGGACAGUCCCUGCUCAGAGCAGCAACCCUGACUUCAGAUCAGGUUGCUCAGAGCUGCUUUGGUGGGAUCUGAUAAUGUCCAAGGACAGCUGCCUUCACCUCUCUUGGCCUCUGCUCGACUGCUUCAGGUUCUCAAGAUGGAACUUUUUGUUCCCUCAUCCAGGAAACCUGCCUGGUGUUAGUCCACAAUCAUUGUCUUGUUCUCAGUGAAGUGCCUGGCUCUGUCUUCUCAGCAGCCUUGUCACAGGUCUGAGGGGUGGGUGGGACAGGGGUGCUGUGAGGUCUCCCCAAAGUCUUUUCUUCUUAAGGGUGAAUAAAUCCUGUUUCCUCAGCCUUUCCUAGCAGUGCUCCAGUCUCUGACACCUUUCACACAUUCAGCUGGAGUCAGCCCAGACAGCCAACAGCUGUCUUUUGGUGGCCCAGCAUGGAUCAGUAUCUGAAGUAGUCUCACAAGAGAUGAGGAAAGGUGAGAGGAUCACUCCAUGUGGGCUGCUCCUGGUGAUGCAGAUCUAGGUGAGCUGGCCUUCCUCAUACACGGGGCAUGCUGUGACUGCUUGGGAUCUCUCCUUCAGAGCAGCUUGUUUUCUCAGGGUCAUCUCCACAGGGUUAUUAGUGCUUCUAGGAAACUGAUCCUCUAUGAAAUAAAGUACCUGUUUUCCUU